UUGCCGAGGGGGGGCCACGAGGAGUGGCUCACUUCCGGGAGGAGGGCAACUGGUAACCCGGAAGCGGUUGGCAGUGCGGCGCUGUUUAAAGAUGGCGGCUGAGGAACCCCAGCAGCAGAAGCAGGAGCCGCUAGGCAGCGACUCCGAAGGUGUCAACUGUCUGGCUUAUGAUGAAGCCAUCAUGGCUCAGCAAGACCGAAUUCAGCAAGAGAUUGCUGUGCAAAACCCGCUGGUGUCAGAGCGGCUGGAGCUCUCUGUCCUGUACAAGGAGUAUGCUGAGGAUGAUAACAUCUACCAACAGAAGAUCAAGGACCUCCACAAAAAGUACUCGUACAUCCGCAAGACCAGGCCCGACGGCAACUGCUUCUAUCGAGCUUUUGGGUUCUCCCACUUGGAGGCGCUGCUGGAUGACAGCAAGGAGUUACAGCGGUUCAAGGCUGUGUCUGCCAAGAGCAAAGAGGAUCUGGUGUCCCAGGGCUUCACUGAGUUCACAAUUGAGGAUUUCCAUAACACGUUCAUGGACCUGAUCGAGCAGGUGGAGAAGCAGACCUCAGUAGCCGACCUGCUGGCCUCCUUCAACGACCAGAGCACCUCAGACUACCUUGUGGUCUACCUGCGGCUGCUCACCUCAGGCUACCUGCAGCGGGAGAGCAAGUUCUUUGAGCACUUCAUCGAGGGUGGACGGACUGUCAAGGAGUUCUGCCAGCAGGAGGUGGAGCCCAUGUGCAAGGAGAGCGACCACAUCCACAUCAUCGCGCUGGCCCAGGCCCUCAGCGUGUCCAUCCAGGUGGAGUACAUGGACCGUGGUGAGGGCGGCACCACCAACCCGCACGUCUUCCCCGAGGGCUCGGAGCCCAAGGUCUACCUUCUCUACCGGCCUGGACACUACGACAUCCUCUACAAGUAGGGCCGGCCCGGCCUGCCGCUGCCCUGCCUGCCCUCCCCUCUGCCAGGCGCUAGACAUGUACAGAGGUUUUUUGUGGUUGUAAAUGGUUAUAUUUCACCCCCUUCCUCCUGUCACACGACCUCCCGUGUUUUAUUAAAGGGGAUGCUGGUGGUGA